AACAAAUCCAAAGCCAACCAAAAUAACAAACAUUAUUACAUUACCAUGAUUUUCUAUUGCUUUCUUUCCUUUCUUUUAUUUUUGGCCAUCCCAAGCAAGAUGCAGAAAAUUCAGGCUUUCAAAUUGACAUUGUUCAGAGUUCCAAGACCAAAAAAAGAGAUUGCAAGCAUGGAGCAGUUGCCAAGUGAAUUGGUAUCAAACAUCCUCUCACGGUUGCCAGCUAAAGAUUUGGUGAAAUGCAAAUCUGUUUGCAAAUCCUGGUUCAAUCUCAUAUCUGAUCCUUAUUUUGCUACCAAUUACUAUGCUUUCUACAACAAUCUCAAGCACCAACAAGAGCCUCUGUUUGUCAUAAGAAGACCCUUUCUUUCAAGCCUCAAAACUUGCAUUUCAUUGCUUUCUUCUAGUGUCAAUCAUCCCCAUGUUUCCUCUGAACUUCUAAACCCUCCCUCUGAAUACAAUUCUGACCGCCAAUACUGGACAGAAAUCAUGGGCCCUUGCAAUGGCAUAUACUAUUUAAAAGGCAGCCCAAAUGUCCUGAUGAACCCUUCUUUGAGACAGCUCAAGGCUUUGCCUGCAUCGAACUUGAGUACUUCUUCUCCACAGAAAACUUAUUCUCUCACAAAUUAUGCUGGGUUUGGGUUUGACCCCAAAACCAAUGACUACAAAGUUGUUGUGAUCAAGGACCUCUGGUUUGAGAAAGCAGAACGACAAAAUGGGCAUUGGACAGCAGAGUUAUACAGCCUCAAUUCCAACUCUUGGAGAAACCUUGAUGCAGCUCUCCCACUUCCCUUUGAAAUUUGGGGUUCUUCUCAAGUGUGUACUUAUGUGAACAAUUGUUGUCACUGGUGGGGUUUUGUUGAUGAGUGUGGCGAAAAACAGGAUGUUGUUCUUGCAUUUGACAUGGUCACCGAAGUCUUCAGAAAAAUUAAAGUACCUAGAAUUCGUGAUUCUUCAGGGGAAGCUUCCGCAACUCUGACACCCUUUAACACAACUAGCACACUUGGUGUCAUUGUCCACCCUGUAAGAGGAGAUGUGAAAGGCUUUGACGUGUGGGUAAUGAAAGAUCAUUGUGACGAAGGUUCUUGGAUGAAACAAUACUCUGUUGGACAUAGAGAAGUGAUUUACAAGUUGGUGGGGUUUUAUGGAAGCCACCAUUUCGGUUCAAUUGAAGACAAUGAAGGAUUAGUACACAACUCGAAACAAAUAAAGGAUCUUCAGGUUUAUGGAAUGUGUGAAUCAUUAAGAGCUACAAGAUACAUGGAAAGCCUUGUUUCACUGCACAGAGGAAAUGAGUUUAGUGGGCAGUUUGUUUCGUGUUCCUCGGUUCCAGACCUUCUACCAAAUCAGCCAAGGAAUUAUUUAGUUAGUUUGUCACAGAAGAUGAAGACAUUCCUCAAAAUGUAAUGAUGCAUUGGUUAUAUGUUUUGUUUCCACAUGUAUCUUCUAAGUGGAAAAUGUCUAUAUAUCUUGGUUGCUACCUUUUCCAACAAUUUUUCUCCAUAAGAAUAGAGACUUUGUUCAACGAAACUAGGCUAGCUUGUACCAUUUCAACCAAUCAACCACUAAUGGUUAUUUUUUGUAGUUGACUAUCA